UGGAAGUCCAUUCUUCCAUCUUAGCUAAGAUAAUAAAAACCCUGAGAAAGAGGAUUUAGGAAGCGCAACGCACUAUUUGAAUGCUCGAUUCACGUUCCUAGAACCCUUGAUUCCUCGCCAUGGCUUCCUCUCUCUUGUCUAGAUCGCUCUCAGCUCUCCGCUCCAUUUGCCCCCCAGCUUCCUCUUCCACCAUCGCCGCCGAUUCAGCAAAGCUCUUCAUGCCUUUCUCCAAGCGUAGAAGAGUUCCCAAUGGAAUUUCCAGGUUUUCUUCCUUGGUUCGCCCGGCUGUUGGACCGACUCCUCGCUGUAGAAGUGCUUCAGGUGGGUUGAGGACGGUUGUAUCUGCGAUCCAUUCGGCCGCACACCAUGAGCCCGUUGUUUCUGCCGAUUGGCUUCAUGCUAAUCUCAGAGAGCCGGACGUUAAGGUACUGGAUGCUUCUUGGUACAUGCCGGAUGAACAAAGGAACCCCUUCCAAGAAUACCAGGUGGCUCAUAUACCUGGUGCUUUGUUUUUUGAUGUUGAUGGGAUAUCAGAUCAAACAUCUAAGUUGCCGCAUAUGCUGCCAUCAGAAGAAGCUUUUUCAGCUGCAGUUUCUGCACUUGGAAUCUAUAAUAAGGAUGGGAUAGUUGUUUAUGAUGGCAAGGGAAUAUUCAGUGCCGCUCGCGUGUGGUGGAUGUUCAGAAUGUUUGGGCACAAUAAUGUUUGGGUUUUGGAUGGAGGUCUUCCUCAGUGGCGUGCUUCUGGAUAUGAUGUUGAGUCUAGCGCCUCUGGAGAUGCUGUUUUGAAAGUUAGUGCUGCUAGUGAAGCAAUUGAAAAGGUUUACCGUGGACAUCUGGUUGGCUCUUCAACUUUUGAAACAAAGUUUCAACCUCAUCUUAUACGGACGCUCGAACAGGUUAAAGCAAACAUUGAAACUCAAGAAUAUCAGCAUAUAGAUGCUCGCUCAAAGGCCAGGUUCGAUGGCACCGUUCCUGAACCACGAAAGGGAAUAAGAAGUGGUCAUGUGCCUGGCAGCAAAUGUAUUCCUUUUGCGCAGAUGCUUGAUAGUUCAAAUAUGCUCCUGCCAGCAAAUGAACUUGUCAAAAGAUUUGAGGAAGAAGGCAUCUCUCUCGACCGCCCUGUCAUCACUUCAUGCGGUACUGGCGUGACCGCCUGUUUACUUGCAUUAGGUCUGCAUCGCCUCGGAAAGACUGACGUUGCAGUUUAUGAUGGAUCUUGGACUGAGUGGGGAUCAAACGCUGAUACUCCUGUCGCUGCAGCAGCUGCUGCUGCGAGUGCCUGAAUCCUUUGUAUUCUGUUUGCACAAUCAGGAGAAAGUCAAAGGAGCAAUAUGUUUGUUGGGAAGUUUUCUUCGAACAAUGAGCUGUCAAGAAUGCUUCCAAAGGUCAAUCUGAGACACUGAAGAGUUUGGAGGGUGAUUUCCUCUCAAGCUCUGGUUUAUGCUAAUAAAUUAUGGUUACCUUAUGCAUGUUAAUUACGAUGACGAAAGAGCCCAUUCGGAGUCCUAAACUAGAGAUAUUGAACGGUUUAGAGUUAAAUUGCCUUAACAUCAGUGUUAAUAUUUUGAAACUGUCAUUAAGUUAUCUUCUGUUCCUUCGAUGGACGAUUA